AUGGAUUGCGAAACGACGAGGAUUAUUCAGGUUUCACUGUCGAAGAUAACGGACUCGCGUCGUUGUCGUGGCGGUCCUCUUCUUCGACGUAAUUUGCUCGUUUCCCAAGUCUUAAACAAUGUCUUAACGUCAACAGACUCUGCUUACUACACUUACAGAACCAAAGUGGACAUAGAUAUGGAUAUAGAUGCUAUGGAAAACGAACUUGCGACUUUUGACAAAACGAAAAUGUUGCCCGAUACAGGAGGGUCCGUUGACACAGGAAAUGCGAAACAUACGACGCGUUCCGCGGCAAAAUUAAAUGAAAGAGGCACGGAAAUGGAUGAAAGCGCCCCAAAGCAAGCCAAAAAAGAGUGUAAGGAAGUUCUGGAUAUUGAUAAAACAGUAAAAGCUACUCACGGACAGAGAACAGAAAAGAAAGCAGAGGUCAAAUGCGUGACUGGCUUGAAACGAGCGAGAUCGCAUGGUAAUGAACCUUGUGACAGCCACGCGGUACAAAACAAACGUAUGAAAACUGAAAGCGACAAAGAAUCUUCUAAAACGGAACUCAGUUAUCAAGAACCAAUGGAUAUUUCAGGACUUGUUAAUGUAUUUAGUAGUAGUUUUUCGGGACUUUCUAGUAUUCCUAGGUCGACUUCCUCGCUUGGGUCGAACCUAGACUCCUUUCAAUACAUCGCGCCUGUUGGACCUGUUCGUGGCGUGUUUGGCUGGUCGCAGACCGUUGUAGAAGCCUUUUAA